AUAAGCCAAGGAGAGUUUUCGAGCCGAGCCCCGGUUGUGACUGUUCAGUUUUGUUGACCGGAAUGACACUCAAUAGCGGGGAUGACGAUGCUGUCGGAGGUUUAGCGACAGCGCCUGGGAAGGAGGCUCCCGGGUCCUUCAGCGCCCCGGCUUUCGACCUUUGUCGUAGAAAGCCUCGCGGCUGACUCAGAGGAUGAGUAAGGGCAGACCAGCUUCCCUCCAAAGGCAGAGCGAUCGCUAACUGGAGCGACUAGCAUUUCCGGCAACUCAGAGCUGGAGGACCCCCGGCCUGGGGCUCCGAGCCAGGGCGGCAUGCGGAGGCCGGGCAUGUGCCAGGAUGAGUGUACAAGAUGCUGGCAGUCCAGCUUCCCCGGAGAGGGCAGCCUACGCACUUCAUAUUUACCCCCAGCUCUCAGUGGACAGCGUCACCUGCUGCCGGGUGGCAGCGGCAAAGGAUGCCCCGGCCACCGAGGUCAUCAAAGACGCGGUCAGCUCCCUGGGCUUGGACGGCUCUAAGCACUACGUGCUGGUGGAGGUGAAGGAGUCGGGAGGAGAGGAGUGGGUCCUCGAUGGGAACGAUGCCCCCGUUCACCGGGUCCUGCUGUGGCCCCGCCGGGCCCAGGAUGAGCACCCGCGGCAGGAGGGGUACUACUUCCUCCUACAGGAGCGGAACGCCGACGGGACCAUCCGGUACCUGCCGCCGCCGCCGGCCUCGGAGGAGCAGCAGGAGGAGGAGGAGGCCCGGCGGCUGGUGGAGAGGGGCUUCCUGCCCUGGCAGCAGGAGGACUUCAGCGACCUGUGCAACCUCCCCAACCUGACGGAGACCACCCUGCUGGAGAACCUCCGCCGGCGCUUCUUGAAGCAGAAGAUCUACACCUACGUGGGCAGCAUCCUUGUUGCCCUCAACCCUUUCCGGUUCCUGCCCAUCUACAACCCCAAGUACGUCCAGAUGUAUGAGAACCACCAGCUGGGCACCCUGGAGCCGCACAUCUUCGCCAUCGCCGACGUGGCCUACCACACGAUGCUGAAGAAGCGCCUCAACCAGUGCAUCGUCAUCUCGGGGGAGAGCGGCUCGGGCAAGACGCAGAGCACCAACUUCCUCAUCCACUGCCUCACCGCCCUGAGCCAAAAGGGGUACGCCAGCGGGGUGGAGAGGACUAUUUUGGGAGCCGGGCCCGUGCUGGAGGCCUUUGGAAAUGCAAAGACCGCCCAUAAUAACAACUCCAGCCGCUUUGGGAAGUUCAUCCAGGUCAAUUAUUUGGAGAAUGGGAUCGUCAGGGGGGCCGUGGUUGAAAAAUACCUGCUUGAAAAAUCUCGUUUGGUGUCUCGGGAAAAAAACGAAAGGAACUACCACGUGUUCUACUAUUUGCUGCUCGGUGUGAGCGAGGAAGAGCGUGAUGAAUUCCACCUCAGGCAGCCAGAAGACUACUUCUACCUCAACCAGCAUAACUUGAAAAUUGAAGACGGCGAAGACCUGAAGCAUGAUUUUGAGCGGUUAAAGCAAGCCAUGGAGAUGGUCGGUUUCCUCCCGGCGACCAAGAAGCAAAUCUUUUCAGUCCUCUCUGCCAUUCUCUACCUGGGAAAUGUCACCUACAAGAAAAGAGCAGCCGGUCGGGAUGAAGGGUUGGAAGUUGGCCCUCCGGAGGUCCUGGACAUUCUUUCCCAGCUGCUGAAGGUGAAGCGCGAAAUCUUGGUGGAAGUGCUGACGAAAAGAAAAACAGUGACGGCCAACGACAAGCUGAUCCUGCCCUACAGCCUCAAUGAGGCCGUCACAGCCCGCGACUCCAUGGCCAAGUCUCUCUACAGCGCGCUCUUCGACUGGAUCGUGCUGCGGAUUAACCACGCUCUCCUCAACAAGAAAGACAUGGAAGAGUCUGUUACGUGCCUGUCUAUUGGGGUGCUUGACAUCUUCGGCUUUGAGGACUUCAAGACCAACAGCUUUGAGCAGUUCUGCAUCAAUUACGCCAAUGAGCAGCUGCAAUAUUACUUCAACCAGCACAUUUUCAAGCUGGAACAGGAAGAGUACCAGAGUGAAGGGAUUUCGUGGCACAACAUUGACUACACCGACAACGUGGCCUGCAUCCACUUGAUCAGCAAGAAACCCACGGGCCUUUUCUACCUCCUGGACGAAGAGAGCAACUUUCCCCACGCCACCAGCCAGACGCUUCUCGCUAAGUUCAAGCAGCAGCACGAGGACAACAAGUUCUUCAUCGGGACGCCAGUCCUGGAACCUGCCUUCAUCAUCCAGCACUUUGCGGGCAAAGUGAAAUACCAGAUCAAGGAUUUCCGAGAGAAGAACAUGGACUACAUGCGUCCGGACAUUGUGGCUUUGCUGAGGGGCAGCGACAGCGCCUACGUGCGGGAGCUCAUUGGGAUGGACCCGGUGGCCGUCUUCCGGUGGGCCACCCUACGGGCCGCCAUCCGCGCCAUGGCGGUCUUCGCCGAGGCCGGCCGCCAGCGAGCGCAGAAGACGGCGGGCGUGAUCCGCCAUCACGGACCCAGGGUCCCUUUGGGGGAGCUACAGCAAGCCAACCCUCCAGCAGAGAGAGUUUACCGGGCCUUGCAUGAGCCAGUAAUAGUCAGGAGCAUUAAGGGACUGCCCUGGGAAGCCGAAGCCCCCAGUAAGCUGCUCCAGUUGCUCAGGCGGUGCCAGCAGCUCCAUUCCCGUUUCCUAAAGAGCCGAGGUACGAAGCAGAAGCAGAUCAUCCCGAAGAAUCUGCUGGACUCGAAAUCCCUGAAGCUGAUUGUGAGCAUGACGCUCCACGACCGCACCACGAAGUCCCUCCUGCACCUGCACAAGAAGAAGAAGCCGCCCAGUAUUAGUGCCCAGUUCCAGGCUUCGCUCAACAAGCUGCUGGAGACUCUGGGGAAGGCUGACCCCUUCUUUAUCCGCUGCAUUCGCUCCAAUGCCGAGAAGAAGGAGCUGCUCUUUGACGACCGGCUGGUGCUGCAGCAGCUGAGGUACACCGGGAUGCUCGAGACCGUCAGGAUCCGGCAGUCCGGCUACAGCGCCAAGUUUAACUUCAAGGAUUUUGUAGACCAGUUCCAGGUGCUGCUGCCCAAAACUGCCGAGGCCACCAAGGAGACAGUCUCGGCGUUGCUGCACAGGCUGCAGGUGGACACGAGCAGCUACCAAAUCGGGAAGACCAAGGUGUUCAUGAAGGAGGUGGCACGGCAGGUGCUCCAGGACACGCUCCACCGGGAGGUCAUCCGGAAGAUCGUCCUCCUCCAGAGCUGGCUGCGGAUGGGGCUGGAGCGCCGACGCUUUCUCCGGACCCGCCAGGCGGCCCGGACCUUGCAGGCUGCCUGGCGCGCCUAUCGCAUCCGGAGGGAGAGGGAAAGGGAGAAGGCCGCCCUUGACCUUCAGGCCGCCUGGCGCGGGUUCCAGGCACGGACCUCGUACCGGCAGCGCAAGCAGGGGAUCUGCCGCCUCCAAGCUCUGGUCCGGGGGCACCUCCAACGCAAGAGGUUCCAUCAAAUGAUCGCAGAGAAAAAGCAAGAGGAGGCCAGGCAGGAAGCGCUCAGCCGAGAGAACGGGCUCCACCAGGCAGAAGGGCCCGUCUCUGACCCAGCGGCUCCUGGAGCCGAGGUGGAGCCGGGCUCCGAAUCUGGAGCAACCGGGGAGGGCAGCCAGGCGGAGGAGGCGGCGACGGCGGCGAGGCAGUCUCCCCUUCCCUCUCAGAAGAGCAGCCGGGAAAAACGGGAAAGCCGUCGGCAGCGGGGCCUGAGGCACAAUGAGCUGCAAAGCCAGCACGCGGGCUUGGCUGCAGAGGGACUGCCCAGCGGAGCCCCUGUGGGGGGAGAGCGCCAGCCGGGCGAGGCCGCCCCUGGGUGCCAGGAGGAGGAAGAGGAAGAGCCGAGCCCGGAGCCGGAGCGAUCCGUGGAGGAGGACGGGGUGGCGGCCUCCAAGCAGGCUCCCGAGGGCACCCAGGAAGGGAACGGGCGGCCGUCUGGCGGGGAGCCGCUCCUCCCUCCAGACGGUGGGGGUGGUGGUGGUGAUGCUGCUGCCAAGCUCUCCAGCCCAACUCCGGGGCGGACACAGGAAGGAGAGCCAGCUCCGGAGGGGGCGAACGGCCUGGGCCGGGCGGGGAGCCCCAGGAUCCGCAGCAGCCAGAGCUUCACCUGCCCCGAGAGGCCCUCGGCGGUGGCCCUCCCCAACCACCUGAGUUUCCGGAGCCCGCCGGAGAAGCGGAAGCAAUGGGCCCAGAAGGAGGACCACGGCCCAGCCCCCUUCCACAUCCAGCGCUACCACGAUGACCCGGGCAAGCUGCGGGACAAGAAGGAGCAGUGGCAGGGGAAGCGCCACUUGGCCGGCGGGCAGAGCCACGCCCACAGCCUCUCUUUGGACGAGAGGAGCUGCCCGGCAGCCCCGUCGCCCUCCCCAGAGCUCAGCCGAAAGAAUCCGGCCACGUCUUCCCUGGACGACCUCUCCAAAGUCGCCCUUUCCACCUCCUUGAGCCAGCCAUCUCUGGGCCUCGCGGAGGACGACCAGAGCAGCCAGAAGCCACUCACGCCAAGGAAGGCCGGGGAGCCCACCUCCACCCUCGAUGCUGCCGGACCCGCCACGGCCCCCGGCCAGCAGGGCGACGCCAAAUCAGCCUUCAGGAGCCCCUUGAGGAGAUUCCUGGGGAGGAAGCCUGAGAAGAAGUACGCCAAGGAGAGCGCGGAGGCACCAGAAGACGGAGAGAACUUCCUGCUGUUCUCCUGUGUGCUCCCCAUGGAGGCCGGGGGGGCGGAAAGAUUGUUCGAAGCUCCUCUGGGGCCCUCCGGUCGCCUCCCGGCAGAGGAACGCCAGGCCGGCAAAGCCAAGAGAAGCCGCACCCUGAAAAUCAGCAAAGCCAAGACGGCGCCCAAGAAGUGGCGGGUGCCGUUCCUGAGGGAGAUCACCAACGCCAACGAGCUGAAAUUCCUGGAUGAAUUCCUCCUCAACAAGAUCAAUGAUCUUCAUUCCCAGAAAUCGGCCAUUGAGUGCUUGUUUUUUGAAGCCACCGAGAAGUUCCGCGGGAACAUCAAGACCAUGUACUCCGUCCCAAACGGCCAGAUCCACGUCGGGUACCAGGACUUGAUGGAGAACUACCAGCUCCUUGUGGUCAACAUGGCGAAGCAGAAAGAAGAGAAGGACGUGAAGCUGGUCCUGAACCUUUUCCAGUCCCUUCUGGACGAGUUUGCGCGCAGCUACGCUCGGAAGGAGGGACCGGAGCAGCCAAAGCCCAGCAAGGCUCAGAAGAAGAAGAGGAAGCAGGAGCGGGUGAUGGAGGAGCGGAACGGACAUGUCUUCGUCAGCUAUCAAGUGAACAUCCUGCAGUCGUGCGAGCAGUGCUCCUCCUACAUCUGGACCAUGGAGAAGGCCUGCCUCUGCAGCAUCUGUAAGCUGACUUGCCAUAAAAAGUGCCUGUCCCGGAUCCAAAGCAGCUGCACCUCCUGCCUCGUGAAGAAGGGCGACCAGGACCCGGAGCCCCGCCACUUUGGGGUCUGCGUGAGCGCUCUCACUGGCGAGAAGAACUCUGUCCCCCUGGUCAUGGAGAAGCUCCUGGAGCACGUGGAAAUGCACGGCCUCUACACGGAGGGGAUCUACCGGAAGUCAGGGGCCGCCAACCGGAUGAAGGAGCUGAAGCAGUCUUUGCAAGCGGACCCGAACUCGGUGCGCCUGGAGAACUACCCCAUCCACACCAUCACUGGGAUCUUCAAGCAGUGGCUGCGGGAGCUGCCGGAGCCCCUCAUGACCUUCGCCCAGUACAACGAUUUCCUCCGGGCCGUGGAACUGCCUGGGAAACAGGAGCAGCUCGGGGCCAUUUACAGCGUCCUCGAGCAGCUCCCGCGAGCGAACCACGACACGCUGGAGCGGCUGAUCUUCCACCUGGUCAAGGUCGCCCUGGUGGAGGAGGUGAACCGCAUGUCCCCCAACGCCCUCGCCAUCAUCUUCGCCCCAUGUCUCUUGCGCUGCCCCGACCACUCGGAUCCCCUCACCAGCAUGAAGGAUGUCUCCAAAACCACCACGUGUGUGGAGAUGAUCAUCAAGGAGCAGAUGCGGAAAUACAAGUUGAAGAUGGAGGAGAUUUGCCAGCUGGAGGCCGCCGAAACCAUUGCUGUCCGGCGGCUCUCGUUGCUUCGGCAGAACUCGAACAAGAUCCCCCUGAGCAUUGGGGCGGACGGGGGCGCCUCGCCCAAACUGGGCGUCCUGCCCGAGGCAGAGGAAGAGGAGGCCGACCAUCGGGAGAAAGCGCUGCUGAUGGAGCGCAUCCAGUCGCUGAAGGAGGAGAAGGAAGACAUCACCUACCGGCUACCGGAGCUGGACCAGCGCGGCUCCGACGAGGAGAACCUUGACUCCGAGACGUCAGCCAGCACCGAGAGCCUGCUGGAGGAGCGGGGGGCGUGAUGGCACCCCAGAGGAACCUCCUUCCACCAAAGAUGUGCCUGAGGGGCGUCCAGCCUUCCACUGCCCGGUGCCCUCUGUGCCUCCUUCACCAGAGGAGGCUACACCA